CCUGUGGGCACUGUGGUCUCACCCUCUGGCACCGUGGUCUCACCCUCUGCACAGCCAGAGUGAGAGAGACGAGACACCAUGACCCCCACCAUCAUGGCCUUGCUCUGUCUCGGGCUGAGUGAAGACCCCAGGAUGCAAGCACAGGCAGAUGUAUAUGCAGGAAGAUACCACUGUGACUAUGAACGCCCCAAUGACUGGUCAGAAUACAGUGACCCCCUGGAGCUGGUGGUGACAGGAUCCCAUGGCCAACCCAGCCUCUCAGCCCUGCCCAGCCCUGUUGUGAUCUCAGGAGAGAACGUGACCCUCCAGUGUGCCUCACGGAUGGGAUUCCACAGAUUCGUCCUGAUGAAGGAAGGAGAGCGCCAGCCCUCCUGGACUCUGAACUCCCAGCCAGCCCCCCGUGGGGGUACCCAGGCCCUGUUCCCUGUUGGACCUGUGACCCCUAGCCUCAGGUGGACGUUCAGAUGCUAUGGCUAUUACAGCAACACCCCCCAGGUGUGGUCGGACCCCAGCGAACCCCUGGAGCUGCUGGUCUCAGGUGUGUCAGGGAGCCCUCCCCCCUGACCCAGCAUGGCUCUGUAAUGACCUCUGGACAGAGCCUGACCCUCCAGUGUUGCUCUGAUGUUAGCUAUGACAGAUUCGCACUGUCCAAAGAGGGGGCACCUGACCCUCUCCAGUGGCUUUGCAAGCAGCCCCAGGCUGGGUUG